AUCCGACGAGCCAGCCAUUGAAAGAAUGAAGUCCAAAACGUAAAUAACUCAUCAUCAGUGAUUUAUUCCUUUAUGUUUUAUGUUAAUUUGGUUGUUUUCCCCGAAAAGUGACUGUCUGAGGUGGUAGGUGCGUGCCAUAGGAGCCCUAAAUGCCCGAAAAUGUCCAGGAACCGAAUCGCAGCGAGAAAUGUCGCAGACAAUAAAAUCGAAGUGAAAAGCAAGUUCGAAGCAGAGUUCCGGAGAUUCUCCUUGGAGCGAACUGGCCAAGCCAAGUUCGAGGAGUUCAGUGCCUUGCUGGAAAAACUGCACAAGCUUAGGAACUUGGCGUUUUUAAUCUCGUACAUAGACCCAAGCGACCAGGAUUUGCUGCCUAUUAAUAAUGACGACAACCUCCGAAGAGCCCUAGUCAACGCCAAACCUCUACUCAGAGUCAUCAUACAGAGAAAAGGUGACAGUUUAGAGGAGCUGAACGGCUACGGAACCAUCAAGCCGCGCAACUUAAUCUCGACAAUCUUGGGGGGCACCCCAGCCCGAACCAAAAUCCUCCCCAUCUCAAAUCCGCACGAUUUCCGACAAGUGUCGGCCAUCAUCGAUGUGGACAUCGUGCCGGAGACGUGCCGAAGAGUUCGGCUGCUCAAGCAUGGUUCCGACAAGCCGUUGGGGUUUUACAUCAGGGAUGGAACCAGUGUCAAGGUUACACAAAACGGCUUAGAGAAAAUACCAGGCGUGUUUAUAUCCAGGCUCGUGCCUGGCGGUCUGGCAGAGUCGACAGGCCUGCUAGCGGUCAACGAUGAGGUGCUGGAAGUGAAUGGAAUCGAGGUGGCCGGGAAAACUCUGGAUCAAGUGACUGAUAUGAUGAUAGCGAACAGCAGCAACUUGAUUAUAACAGUGAAACCGGCCAAUCAGCGAACGGUGGGGCCGGUGCGCAGAGGCAGCUUCAGCAGGAACUCGCACAUGUCGAGCGGGUCGCAGCAGUCGCAAACAACGGCGGGCUCCGAUCCCGAGGACAAAUUCGAUCAGGACGAAAUCGUCGACUUGACCGCCAACAUCAACCUGGAGACGGCGAACAGCAACGGGGGUGGCACUGACGAUGGCAUUUUGCACUUGUAAACCGCCCCCAACCCUAAGGCAGCUCCUGCUUGGAGCAAUGAAAUUUUACAAUCAAACUUUUGUGAUCAAAAUUUUAACCUUUCCCAGGUCAGUAUCACUCUUUCUACUUACGUUUUUUUUUAUUGCGCUACUGCCUAACUGAACUGAAUCCGUGUACUUAAAGACUUGUUCUCUACAUUCCAUAUUCUGUGUAUUCCAGAUUAUUUUUCUUAUAUAGUGUGUAGUCGUGGGGCAGGAUCGAGGAAACGGCUGCCCAGACGGGCAGUCGUUUCAAUUAUCGUAACUGCAAUGCAAAGGAUUUUCAAAGUGGUGACAGUUCGCGCAAAGAGAGUUAGUUAGAGAGCAAAGUAACAAUUUUUUUCCUGAUCCUGAGUUGAGUUUUUUGCACAACGUCACCAACUUAUAAGCAAUGAAUUGCACAAUUCAUUUUUGCUUCUAAAUUGUUCGCCGGCAGGAAUUCAGCACUGCAAAAUUUUGACCAGUCAGCUCACUGCAUAAGGAGCUUUUUUGGUUUCUACUGAUUUUUCUGGAUGGUUUAAGAGUAAGUAAAUAAAAUAGUGCUUUGCCCGCUGUCAAGUCGCAGCUUUGAGAGGCGCGACAAGAGUACAAUUUUUUUACUCAGAAGUCGUUAAUUUUAGCAAAACACGCAAGGAACCAAACAGUUUCGCAACGAAUUUGGCUUUCUACGGAACGCACAAUAACCAACAUUUAAGGAACGUUGAGUUACUUGUGAGGUUUUCAGACAAAGUUGCGAAUCGCCAUUCAUUUUUGCUUCUUCAGAGUAGGCUUUCAAUGGCUUUAUAGGAAUUAUUGGAGGUUGUUGGUAAGGGUGCCAGAAUAUAGGGACAAUAGUUUGCGUGCAACGAUUUUUUUGGAGAAAAUUAGCUGGGCUCCAGAACGUCGUAGAGCUUAACGUUUGCAUAGAAAUCGUAGCAAUUGAUGAGGAAAUUUUAGCUGAAAAUAAUUUAUUCUUUAACUUUUAACAUAAAAAAUUCCUGAUUUUCAAACCAAUGUUUAAACUCUUUGCGAGUAAAAUAGACCCUUGGAGAACCCUGUCCGACGUCUCAAAAAAAGUUAUAGCACGAUUUUUUAGAAGCAAAACUAAAUUAUUCAUAGUCUGAUAAAACUAAAUUAGUUUUAGAAAAUUUAAAAAACGCUCAAAUCGACAGAUUUUUGUUUUUUUGGGUAAGCAAAUGAACGGCAUUUAAUUUAAUUGGUCUCAUUUUGUGGGAAUUGUAGGCAAAGUUAUGCGCAAAUAGCGGUUUUUGGCACUUUCUUAGAUUAUUUGAACAGUGAGCUACAGCCGGAAAUCGCGCGGAAACUACUAUCCUUAUAUUCUGACUUCUGUCCGAACAACUUCCAAUCAUAUUUUACCGUCUCCCAUUUAGGGCCAGGAAAAAUCUAAUCUGACUACAAAUAUGUCUUCAAGAGAGCUCGAUUAACACAGACACUUUUUGGUUUCCAUUUUUUGUUACAGCAAAAAACUAAAAUAGUGACAUUCAAAGCACUUUGAGACUUCCUUUGCAUGCAACCCUGAAAGGCUGAAGCCCGUGAAACUUCCCUGUUUAAGUUGGGGCCUUGUAGAACCUCUUACAGCUCAAGCAAAGAGAGUUGAGGGCCGAUUUCGGUUGGGGUUUUGUUGUGUUUUUACUCUUUCCAUCCGAAAUGGGCCUUCCAUUCACCGAUCAGCAGUGCAACCGGUCGGCACUCGGUCGCGUGGAACACGCAAAUUUUAGCAUGUUAAGCAUAUUGUUAAGUCUAAAGUGGCAGUGUUAUCAUAUUUAUUCUUGUGUUAAUUACCAUUUUAGUGUAUUUUUAUCGAAUUUUACACAAUUUUCGUGAUAUUUAUCAAUUUUAUUUACGGUCUAUCAUGCACUUAAAUCAGUACUUAAUUAAUCAAUUCUACUCUAAGCAGUGUACAUAUUUUUGUAAUUUUAGUUUUCAGUACCUUCCUACAUGCAUUCCCACAGUUCAAACCCGGUUUUCCCUUACAUUAUCACUGCUCGCUCCGUCCUAAAAUUGGCCUUAAAAAAUCCGAAGUAUUAAAUUGUUAAGAGGUACAUGUCAAAUGCAAUCGUUUAUAUACAUAGAGUUGCAUCACAUAUAGAAAUAUAUAUAUUUCAAGUUAC